CGCCACCUGUCUUCCAUGUGGCAGUCCCACGUGUUCCCGGCCACUGUUAAAAAGCCGUACGGUCUCUAGAUUGUUUUUUAUUUAAUCACUUUUUUGAACCGAAAGGAAAAUAAAAAAAAUAAUGGCGCCCAAAAAACAAGCAAGAAGGACGACCGCGGUGGUUACAUCCCGGAAAGUGGUUGAAAAAACCGUCCAAGUGGUGGUCACCCCGGGAAACCACGGCGGCGGCGUAGAAACAGAGAAACAACAACCUUGCAGCGCCAGCAGUGUUGCCGCCGAGGUUGUCUCUCUCUUAUCCAAAGAAGAGCCCACGGUCCACAGAACCGUCUCGGUAGAAUGCAAUACCGGAGACCCGCCGGCGGCGAGAAUGACGAAGAAGCGGAAGCGGGCGGCGGGCGGCGGCGGUGAGGCAGAGUACAAGAGGUACGUGUAUAAGGUGUUGAAACAGGUGCACCCGGACUUGGGGAUAUCGGCCAGGGCCAUGGCGGUGAUAAACAAUCUGAUGGCGGACAUGUUCGAGAGGAUAGCGGCGGAGGCGGCGGCGCUGGCGAAGUACGUCUCCCGCCGGACGCUCUCGUCUCGGGAGAUUCAGGACGCCGUCAAGCUGGUGCUGCCCGGAGAGCUCGGGAAGCAUGCCGUCGCGGAGGGAGCCAAGGCCGUCGCCGCUUACGCUGGCUAUAUAAACGGCGGCGGUAGCCGCAACCCAAAGUCGCCGCCGUCCAAAACCAAAUAAUAAUAGAGUUUGUAGUUUGAUUUCGUCUUAUUUGCUUGAGUAUUGUCGGUUCUAAAAAGUCUUUCCUAUUUUAUUUUUACGCAUCUCAUAAAACACUUCUAUCUCGUCUCUUCUAUCUCGUCUUGAAUGCCAAAAAUACUUUCAAAAUAACUUCUACCCACAAUAAAGAAGAAAUGUUGUAAAUUUUA